GGGAUGUCUCCUGUGAGGAUUUUCUGUAGGAAAAUGGACCUUAUUUAUGUGUUACAAACGCUAAGAAAACACGGUAAACUCUAGUGGACCAGCCUGUUGACGAGGCGUGAACUCACAACAAGUGUUCAGCGAUUUUAUUCAUUCGGCCAUUGGUUGGCAGUUGAAGAUUUGUAUCUGAUAAAUUCAGUCAGAAGUAUUUAAGUAUUAAUACAUCAUUCAAUCAGUAGAGAAGUUAAGUUUCCAACUACAUUUUCCAAUCACAACUUAUUAAUUUUUAUAUAAAUUUUUGGGAUUUUAAAUUUACUUUCACAAAUUUCAUAAAUAUACAAAAACAUUUUGAAACAAUACGAUAAAACAAUAAGAGCAGAUGAUUAUUGUCACAAUAACAGUCUUUUAACAAAAUGGCUAAAGUGGAGGCAUACAAGAUUAAAUCCUUCGAGCCGUUUUUUGAGGAAAUGAAAGGUCAACUUCAAAGUCCUAAAGAUGCUCUAGUACUCCUUAUGCAUCAUGUCGCCAUUUCUAAAGGUAUACAAUGUAUAGGAUUGGGAGAAGAUUGGCCUCCGGAUUAUAGGAAUAUACGAUCUAAGACUCUACCUGAUAAUUGGAAUGCAGAUCAAAAGCUGUACAAGAUAAUGUACGCAGAUGAUAAAUAUCGUUACUUACUAACAAUACAACUGAGAGAAAACAAGUUUAUCUUCGUUUAUUGGUUUAAUGUUCAACCCGAAAUUCUCUCCGUCACACUCAUCGAGAUAAGUGAUUACGUUAAAGAACUGACCGGAAAUUUCGAGACAACUUUUGAAAAUCUUCAGGUAGCCGCAACUUUAUUUGAGGACAUGAUAAUCGGUUCUAAACAACCAUCAAAAGGGACAACUCCACAACCCGAAGCAUCGCAGCCACAGGCGGUAGCAGAACUGCAACCAGAAGCCCAGGCUUUGCAGCCAGAAGCAAAACCUGGUCCUUCACAGCCGAAAGAAGUAACUCCACGACAAAAAGCUACGGCUCCUCGAUCAAAAACGACUGUUCCAGCACCUCAAGCACCUCAAGCUCAAGCUCAAGCAUCUGCUUCUGGGGUUGCACCUACUCAGGAAACUGGUGCUGUACCUAAAAAAAUCUUGAAAAGACCUCCCACGAAGAGCAAGAAAGUUAGUCAUUAGCUUAUAAAGAAGGAAUUGAUCUUGGCUACCAAAAUAAAAUUUAACAUCGUUAUUUUUCUACUUAUUCGCUAAAUUCAACGUUAAAUUUAAUAAAGGUUCUAAACUA